AGGAAAAGGCAACUUAGGGUCUUUGCUCACUAGGACGAAAAGAGGCACAGGCUUCGAAGCAGACAGACCUGGGUUCAAAUCUCAGAUCUUAUUUGCUUUAGGAAGUUAGAUUUCAUUGCACUCAGCUAUAAAAUGGGACCAAGCUAUUUUGAGGGCUGAUGAGGUUUAAAUUAGAACACACCUAUAAUGUUCCUAGUACAACUUGUGCACAUAUUUAUGCUUCUAUAAAUGGUAGGACUAUAUUUUAAGGUGAAGAAAAACAUAAGGCUGAGCGCAUGAUCGAUCUAGCAAUUUCCACUCUGGCACCUGGAGAAGAAAGGGAGCGAGCAGAUCCCUGUCCUUUACCGGCAGAGAUAUCCCUCUGCCGUGAUGAAACCGGAGCCGUCAGGGUCUAAAAAAAGCACCCCAUCAGGGGGAAGGCACCACAUCUUGGCAAGAAAUGCUUCACAUUCUUUUAUCAUCACCAAACUCUCUUCCCACCCCACGCCCUGCUUCUAUUUAAAUCCGAGGCACUCCACUGGUCCCCACUCACUUUUCGGGUGCCCAGGCUAUCAGCACGGAAGAGAAGGGUAGCAUGACUACGGGAGAGAAAGGAAGGGAGGAGGGGCCAGCCAAGAGUGCCCUGCGGAAGAUACACAGGGCCACCCUGGUGAUCAACUUGGCCCGAGGUUGGCAGCAGUGGGCAAAUGAGAACAGCACCAGGCAGGCCCAGGAGCCCACAGGCUGGCUGCCCGGAGGGACCCAGGACCCACCUCAAGAUCCUAAACCAGAGAUACAUCCCACUCCCCACCAGAAAGCCCAGAGCGCCCCCAAGUCUGCCUCCCUAAACCCAGAGGGGCCUGGGGAAGGACCGAGCUCAGGGGAGGCCUCGGAGGUCUCCCCUAUCAAAAGGAAAGAGGUGACCAAAACAGUUGUCAGCAAAGCUUAUGAGAGAGGAGGAGAUGUGAGCCACCUCAGCCACCGGUACGAGAAGGACGGCGGCACAGCUGGCCCUGGGCAGCCGGAGGAUGACAUCGACAGGAUCCUCCACAGCCACGGCUCCCCCACACGGAGGAGAAAGUGCUGCAACCUGGUAUCCGAGCUGACCAAAGGCUGGAAGGAGAUGGAGCAGGACGAGCCCAAGUGGAGGAGCGACAGCAUAGACACGGAGGACAGCGGCUACGGAGGGGAGACGGAGGACAGGCCCGAGCAGGACGGAGAGCAGGUGGCCGCCGCCCGAAUCAAAAGGCCCUUGCCCUCCCAGGCAAAUAGAUUUACAGAGAAACUCAACCGCAAGGCCCAACGGAAAUGCAGUCAAUUGCAGGACCUGAAAGGAAAAUGGCAACAGUGGGCUGAUGAACACAUACAAUCCCAGAAGCUCAACCCUUUCAGUGAAGAAUUUGAUUAUCAGCUGGCCAUGUCCAGCCGCCUCCACAAGGGAGACGAAGGCUACGGCCGUCCCAAGGAGGGAACCAAAACAGCCGAGAGGGCCAAGCGAGCCGAGGAACACAUCCAUCGGGAAAUUAUGGACAUGUGCUUCAUUAUCCGCACAAUGGCUCGCCACAGACGUGAUGGCAAGAUCCAGGUCACUUUCGGAGAUCUUUUUGACAGAUAUGUUCGUAUUUCAGAUAAAGUGGUGGGCAUACUCAUGCGUGCCAGAAAACACGGACUGGUGGACUUCGAAGGAGAGAUGCUAUGGCAAGGCCGAGAUGACCAUGUUGUGAUUACUCUACUCGAGUGAACCUUCCACAGCAAAAGCCAAACUUGAUCCACUAUUGUCUUAAUGCUAAAUGCUAAUUUAGUCAAAUUAAAAUGCAAACUGUUCUGUAAUAAGUAGGAUAUAUUAAACAAUUUUUACAUGAA